AGUUUUAUUUUGGCCCAAUCAUUUCAAAUAGCAGUCAUCAUGAAGCUACAACUAUUGGCACUGUUAUAUUGUUUGGAGCAUUUUCAGGGGACGGCAAACGCUAAUCGGUGUUUCUAUUUUAGCAGUACUGAGGCUACCUGGCAUGAAGCUUGGCAGAUAUGUAAGAAACAUAAUCUCUGUUUUGCCAGUUUCGGCUCCACCGCCGAAUUCAAUGCAGUGGCGAAGAAAAUAAUGUCCAUAGACCGAGUUGAUUAUUGGUUUGGUUUCAAGGAUGAAUAUGGAAUCACCAGAGCAAAAUCCACAUCAAUAGAGAGCUUCUUGAAAUACUCUCCAAGAAACAAAAGUGGGACUGAUAUUAACGAUAAAUGUGGUUACAUAAAUGCACAACUCGAAAUUUCAACCACUUAUUGUAAUACAAAAAAAAGAUUUGCAUGCCUUAAAGCCGCCAAAUGCUAUAACCUCGGUAUGCCACUUACGACGGUGAAUCAGACAGAGGUGUUGCCUGGAAUUGUCCCGUGCAAAAUAAAACCCCAGAUCCGGGAAAAGCUGGAGUUAAAUAGUAAAUAUUUUGAUGAACUAUAACGAAUAAAUAUCGGUUUAUGUAUUUGAUAUUAAU